AUGACGGCCAAGUCCAGUCAUGCACUAUACAAGCUGAUGUACUCGUUCGUUCGAGUGCUACCUUGGAGCUCGCUCUUCGUCCCUCGUCCUCCCUCGGUCAUCAACGGCCAAACCCCACCUGCGUUGCCCCCCCACCGCCUCCAACUCAGCGCCAACACCACGCAGAGAGCCAACCCCAGACGUCAAAGAGCCAUGGCUGCAGCUGCAGUCGCGGAGAUCCCCCUCAUAGACCUCGCCGGCAACGAGAUAGAUGUGUCCCGGAAGCUCGUGGCCGCCGCCGAGGACCAUGGUUUCAUCUAUAUCAGGAACGUCGGUGCCGACAUCACGCCGGCGAGCGUCGACGAGGCCUUCUCACUGUCAAAGAUGCUAUUCGAGUCGCCAGUAGAGGAAAAGCAGAAGUGCUCCAUCCAGCAGAACAACCGUGGCUGGUCCAGCAUGCACUCCGAGACUCUUGAUCCCAAGCACCAACGGGUCGGCGACUUUUUCUCCCGCGUUCACCCUGUUGCCAUCGACUCCUCCUCUUCAGGCUCCGUUCUUCGCUUCCUCCGCUACCCGGCCCCGGAAUCUGUCUCUCAUGACGCCGACGACGUCCGCGCCGGCGCCCACUCCGACUAUGGCUCCAUCACGCUGCUCUUCCGCCUCAAGGGCCAGGCCGGCCUUGAGAUUCUCAAAAAAGACAACUCCUGGGCACCUGUGCCUGUUUGUCCUCCCGGAACCGACAAGGAUCCGAGCCCGCCCAUUCUGGUCAACAUCGGUGACUUGCUCUCCUACUGGACCAACGGACUAUUCAGAAGUACAGUUCAUAGGGUCGUCUUUCCAACCGCCGGGGAGAAGGUCGCGGUGGGAGAGUCGAACUCCGGGCCGAGAUACUCGAUCGCCUACUUCUGCCACCCCGUGGGCUCGGCACGCUUGGAGCCUGUGCCAAGUGAACGGGUCAAGAACUACAUACCUGUUGAUGAUACACCAGACGUCAACCCAUAUGCCGAAAGGAAGGUCAUGACUGCGGAUGCACAUCUCUUGAUGAGGCUGAAAGAAAGCUACGGGACCUUGUAUGAUGACAAGCAGGAGGAAUCUUCUCAGUGA